AUGGCUCCUGACCACUCCGCCACUUCUCAGCGUGCCCCUCAGCACGCACCACCUUCAACAGGACCAUAUGCACCACAAGCAAUCUCAAUUGCAGAUGACUCGGACACUGAUUUCGAUCCCACACCUGUUCACAGUCCCGGAGGACCACAUUACGAUGACCUGCCACCUUCAUACGACCAGGCUCAGGAGCAGGCUGUGGUCGACGCACGAAACGGUGUCAUGCCUCUAGAUGCAGCCCAAGUAGAAGCACACCGAUUAACACUGAACGAAGGCCCAAACGAGCCGGAAGUUUGGGAAUAUCAAAUGCGAGAUGAAGAAGUCGAUAACACGGAUGAACGUGAGCCUGCACCAGACUAUGGAAGUCCGCCACGUCAUUUUGCGGCCACCGUGCCUAAUGAGCAUGUCGAGAGGAGCGAGAAUAUUUCCGUCGGAGUUUUGGAAAACCAAUCUUCUCCAAGGAAAAACGAUGAUCACCAAUUACCCGAUUUAUUCAGCGAAGCACUCGAGUUUACUCAGCUUCAGCCUGACCUCGAUGCAAAUUACCAGCGUUUGCCACGAGUUGUUGCUCUUCCUCCAACACGGCCAUCUUCACAGCAGCUGCCAUCGCAUGAAACGCCGGUGCAAUUCUCCCAGGCCUACUCUUGGACCCUGCAAACCCACUCGAUUCAUCAUGCACAUUUCGCAGAAUUCCUAGAAGGAUUGAACGCUCUUUGUCAAGCCUUUCAUGCCACGUCUAAUGAUCUACUUUUCGGGAAUGGCUUACACGACUCUCGGGAGAACUCUGUGCAUGAAUAUCUCGAUAGAGCGAAUGAGAGGUUCUUCCACCCCCGUGCCUUACAUGUAUCGUUGAGAUCGCUAUCUUCGCUUCUCGGCGAUCUGGACAUUUCUAUCGAUCAAGCCAAGAGAUCAGGUUUGAUAACCACGCUUUUGGACAGGAACAGUACUGCGAAACAAAGAGCUGAAGCUCUUUACCCUCGGAUCGAAAUUAUCGACUUUAAUGUCGAAUCAGCCAGUCUACCAAACUUGUCAGUACGUGAGAUGGAGAAUAGACUCAAUGUAUCCAGGUCUGCCGCCAAUAUCGCUGGAGACCAUAAGCUUACAAUGUCUCCACGGUCCCAGCCGCCAGAAAUUCCAAGUCCGGCAGAUUCAGACCCCCCUCACUCGAUCCCACAAUUUCCAGAGCAGGACCAUGGUUCACCUAGAUUACCAGGACGAGACAAUCAUACUCAUGACUCACAGAGUCCUCCGGCAGGUGGCUCUUCAGGACAUCGCCAUCAGGCCCCUCCGUCGUUCGGGCCGCCCGAACCACCCAGCUUUAGUCAAAAAUUUCCUGGAUCUGGCCCUGGUCAAUCACAGUAUGUGAAUGAUUGGGAGACUCUGGGUCGAAAUAUGGGAAAGUGGGGUGAAGAAUAUGGUAGAAAUAUGGGAAAGUGGGGUGAACAAUACGGUAGAAGCAUGGGAAAGUGGGGUGAACAAUACGGGAGAAGCAUGGGCAAUUGGGGUGAACAAUACGGGAGAAGCAUGGGCAAUUGGGGUCAACAAUACGGCAAAAGCUGGGGAACCUGGGGCGCAAACCUGGGUCAAAGUUUUGGAACCUGGGGUCAGGGGGCUGGACUGGGCUGGACUGGGCAGGCCGCUUCGGCAGCAAGUGGAAGCCGUCAACCAUGGACUGGGUCAAACACGACAGCGGCGCACGGGGAUCUUCCUCCUGCGUACAAUCAAGAAAUAUUAGGUGGAGGUUCUGCCGGCAUUUCUGGUGAUUGUAAGACCAAUGGCGAUGGUCCAAGCAAAACACAGGGCGAAUCAAAGAGCGUCCGGAUCAAUCCCGGCGAUGACGAUGAUGACGAUGACACUUCGUCUGUAUCUUCAGAAACCUCAGACUCCGAAUCCGACUUCGACUCCGACUCCGACUCCGACUCAGUUUCAAACUCGGAACUAUCCGAAGCCGUCUUGCAAGAACGCGUCGAACACAUCAACUCAAAAGCCAACGCCGCUUUGAAGAAAGGCAAGAAACCCGCGUCCGAUAUCCUCCAUGAACGCACCGUAGCAACACAGCGAGUACUUUCCGAAAAGCAAAGUCGGCAACAAUGCAAAAUCGCACAUCGUGCUACACUACGCAAUAUCAAACAGCGGGGUCGCGACCUAAAACAACAGCAUCGCCAAAGGAAACGGGAGCUACGCGCGUUAUCCAUGCGCAAUGGCAAGGGUAAAGGUAAAGCGAAGAAGAGUAAGGAGUGGAAGGAGGCGAAGAAGGAAUAUAGAGCUAAGAGGAAGGAAUUACGCAAAGAGAAGCAUGCUGCGAGAAAGGAGUGGCGGGAAGCCAAGGGAGAAAUUCGAAACAAUGGUAGAGAUGUCAGGAUGACUAGUGAAGAUUUUGAAGGUUUGGAAUCUAUGGUGUGGGUUGUAGUUGAUAAUUGGGAUUUGCAGGAUACGCGCAAGGAAUAG